AGGAGGGGCCUGGCUGACCACUGGCUGGUGCUAUAAAGCUCCCGGCUCCUGCCACACUCAGCGCCUUCAGCUGCACAUGUGUGCAGAAAGGGAACGCCAGCUGUUACCGUGAGGGGACUUAACCCCUUCUGGGCCGCCCAGGCUGGAGGCGCGGAGGGGAAGGAAUCCCGUUGCUGCGAAGCCGGAUCUUGCUCUGAAAGCCAGCGGAGGAGCUCCAGGCUUCGGGGGCAGGCGGCGGCUCGCCUGCUUCGGGGCUCCAGGGCUUUCAGGGACGGAGGCAGCAUGAGCGAGUGGAGCUGAGCUGUUCUGGUACCGGAGGAACUUUGGGGAGCCCGUUCCCGGCGGAGCUGCCUCGCCGUUGCCCUUGCCAGGUGCGCCCCGAGAUGUCCUUUGCCAUGCUGCGCUCGGCCCCCAGCCGGUACCUCUACCCCGAGAUCAGCAUGCUGUCCGAGGACGAGGAGAACGGGAGCGAGAGCUCCGGCUCCGAGGAGAAGCCCUACCACCUGGACGCCGGCACCUACGGCCUGAAGGGCGGGAAGCGCCGGAGCGGCAAGAAACCCAACCGGAUCAACCGGGAGCCCCGGCAGCGCCACACGGCCAACGCGCGGGAGCGCGACCGCACCAACAGCGUCAACACCGCCUUCACCGCCCUACGGACGCUCAUCCCCACCGAGCCGGCCGACAGGAAGCUCUCCAAGAUCGAGACGCUGCGGCUGGCCUCCAGCUACAUCUCCCACCUGGGCAACGUGCUGCUGCUCGGGGAGGCCUGCGGGGACGGGCAGCCCUGCCACACCACCCCAGCCUUCUACCACCACAGCAGCAGCAGCAGCCCCCCGCUGCGGGAGAGCGAGAACUCGCAGCCCAAACAGAUCUGCACUUUCUGCCUCAGCAACCAGAGGAAGCUGAGUAAAGACCGAGACAGGAAGACGGCGAUUCGGAGCUAGACAGAUUCGGAAAGGAGGAGCGGAAGGAGGAGGGAUGGAAAAGCCACACACACCAAACAAAGACACAGACAUUCCUGCCUUCCCCCUGCUGCCAUGGAGAGCUGCACCCGGGGGAACGCGCCGACCCCGGACACACCGAACAUCUUCCUGGCCAGGCUGUGGUGGCAGAUGGCAGACAGGGACCUGGGAGCUCCAGGAGGCUUCAUAGAUGGCAGGACUUCGAAGGACCAUGCCCGGUGGCACCGGGACACGGCUGCGACAGCGAAGACCAUGCCUGCUCCAGCCCAGUGAACCAGAGGGGCUGGAAAAGAUGAUCUAUAGACUCCCUGGACGGGACCCCUGCCCUGAUGUUGGGGAAUGACCCAGGACCGCUCCUGCGGAGGGAGUGAAGGACACUGCCCUUCACCGGGUUUUGUUGAGCAGCACUAGAAAAAACUAUGUACAAAAUACCCCGCUCCUCCACCCUGCCCCGUACCCUGAGUCCCAGGUGCUGCGCUUGAUCAAUACAUGCUGGUGGUUCAUGUCAUUGAUACAAUAAUAUAAAGCCGGAGUAAUUUGUAUAAUUAAAACAAAUAUGGUUGAGA